CGGAAGCGGGCUCUGCUGGCAGGACAGAAACGAAGGGCGGGCUUUUAAAAGGAUCGUCACCCUGCUGGCGGGGACUGCGAAGUAUUCUCACUGGCGUGCCCAACCAUGGCCAGACCUCCCAUGCACGGCUCGGUGAUUGUCCCAGACUGGCAUGACACGGUCGAGGGCAAGGAGUUCUUAGCCUGCAUCCUGCGCAAGAAUCGCCGGCGGGAGUUUGGGUUGCUCGAACGCCCGGUGCUGCCCCCUUCCGUAGUCAUUGACACCGCCAGCUAUAAGAUCUUCGUGUCCGGGAAGAGUGGUGUGGGUAAGACAGCACUGGUGGCGAAGCUGGCCGGCCUGGAAGUGCCUACAGUACACCACGAGACCACUGGUAUUCAGACCACUGUGGUAUUUUGGCCGGCCAAGCUUAAGGCCAGCGACCGUGUUGUCAUGUUCCGGUUUGAAUUCUGGGACUGUGGAGAGUCCGCACUCAAGAAGUUUGAUCACAUGCUGCCGGCUUGUAAAGAGAAUGCAGAUGCCUUCCUCUUCCUCUUUUCGUUCACCGAUCGGGCCUCCUUCGAAGACCUUCCGGGACAGUUGUCACGUGUAGCCGGUGAGACUCCUCAGGUCGUCAAGAUAGUUAUUGGCUCCAAGUUUGACCAGUACAUGCACACAGAUGUGCCAGAGCGAGACCUCACAGCCUUCCGGCAGGCCUGGGAACUGCCCUUGUUUCGGGUGAAGAGCGUGCCAGGGCGGCGGCUGGCAGAUGGACGAACAUUGGAUGGGCGGGCUGGGCUGGCUGACACAGCCCAUGUGCUCAACGGCCUUGCAGAACAGUUGUGGUACCAGGACCAGGUGGCAGCUGGCCUGCUUCCCAGCUCCCCAGAGGAUGCUCCUGACUGAAGGGUGACUGACGGCAUCCUGAAUAGAGACUGGUACUGGUGAUCCCCCACUUUUAUCCUGAGGCCUGGCUGGGGAGGGCUCUCACAUGGCGGUAAGGUGGGCCACAAGGCUCUGGACUUAAAAGGUCUCCUAGCCCUGCCCUUCACCCUUCUGCAGCACCCACAGAAUGGUGGUGGGGGUGUAUACUCAGAGAGACCCUGUUAUAACUUUUUUUUCUUUUUUCUUUUUGUUUUGUUUUGUUUUUUUUCGAGACAGGGUUUCUCUGUAUAGCCCUGGCUGUCCUGGAACUCACUCUGUAGACCAGGCUGGCCUCCACCUGCCUCUGCCUCCCAGAGUGCUGGGAUUACAGGCGUGUGCCACCACCGCCUGGCUCUUUUUUUCUUUUUUAAAGAUUUAUUUAUUUGUUUAUAUGAGUACACUGUAGCUGUCUUCAGACACACCAGAAGAAGGCAUCAGAUCCCAUUACAGAUGAUUUUGAGCCACCAUGUGGUUGCUGGGAAUUGAACUCAGGACCUCUGGAAGAGGACUCAGUGCUCUUAACCGCUGGGUUGUCUCUCUAGCCCUAAUUUUUUCAAAUCCUAUUUUUUUUUAAAGAUUUAUUUAUUUAUGUAAGUACACUGUAGCUGUUCUUCAGACACCCCAGAAGAGGGCUUUAGAUCUCAUUAAGGAUGGUUGUGAGCCACCAUGUGGUUGCCGGGAUUUGAACUCAGGACCUUCGGAAGAGCAGUCAGUGCUCUUAACCACUGAGCCAUCUCUCCAGCCCCUCAAAUCCUAUUUUUAAUGAUGGCUCUUAAAUGCUUUAACCUCCCUUGUAGCCCACCACCCACCAGUGGUCGCGGAAAAGAAAGGGUAUGGGGGAAAGUGGACCUGUUUAGAAACAGUUCUUUGGAACAACUCCUCUCCGUGUUGUCCGGAAAUCGGCAGUUCAGUUUACAGGUCAGCAGGCAGCGGCAGCUUCGUCCACUAGCAAACACGUCAUGGAUACACCAGCAGUCUGGUUCAGUAGAGUCAGGUUAGCAAACAGGAGUCAGCAGCAGUGGCACUGCCUAGCAGAGACAGCCAGGCCUGAGCCUCAGCUCCAGUGAGCAGGAGGGACCCGGAGGGACACCAGGAGACGCUCUCGGCUGUGCCUCUCUCCGGGAAGCGAAGAUCAGCAGAGACUGGAGACCCACGAGCUUUGCAGCAAGCUCCAUCGCUCCAUCGUCUCCAUCGCUCGGUGGCGUCCCCUUUAUUCCCUCCAAACAUCACGUGCCCCUUGCCUCAGCACGUGCAUCCAGUGAGCCUGAGUCCGAGGAAGCGGCGAGAAACUGCAGCACACCGCCAGCCAGACUUUUUUUGGUGUGUUUCUCUCUCUAUGGAGUCCUGACAAAUGGGGCCCAACUACGCAAUGUAAGGUGGACAAAUGCUUGCCUGUGUUAGCAAUGAACCCUUCAGCCCGUGCCCUUGCACGUGUUUGCUUUAGCAGAAUGUCCUCUCUCCUGUGUCUGCUUCAACUAGACGUUCCUUCAUGAGUCUGCCGUAGCCUUUCACCUGUGGUCACUUCAGGAAAACACUCCUCACGUGUUUGCCCCAGCAAAACGCCAUGCAACACAACUGACUCUCCAAAGAACCCUUGUCUCCACUUCAUAUGACCCUUUCUGUUUAAGAGUUGUCCUUUUCUCUAACAUUAACACUCUAUACAGAAUAGAAAUAAUUAUUAGAACCAUCACAUUUUCAAUAAAUGACUUAUGUAUAAUAUAGUCAAACAAUAGUCUAACAAAACAACCUAAAAUUUCUAUCAGUAUACAAUGAGUAAAAAAAAUCUCCAAUAUCUAUCAAUAUAGAAUAAUUAAAGAAAAAACUUAAAUUUCUACCAAUAUACAAUAAUUAAAGAAAAAACUUAAAUUUCUUUCACUAUACAAUAAUUAAAGAAAAACUUAAAUUUCUUUUUUUUAAGAUUUAUUUUUUAUUUAUGUGAGUACACUGCAGCAGAAGAGGGCCUCAGAUCCCAUUACAGUCGGUUGUGAGCCACCAUGUAGUUGCUGGGAACUGAACUCAGGACCUCAGGAAGAGCAGUCAGUGCUCUUAACCACUGAGCCAUCUGCCCAGCACUUAAAUUUCUAUCAAUAUACAAUAAUUAAAAAAA